ACUAAAAAUGGCGCGUACUAAGCAAACACAACUCACAAAUCCACUGGUGGUAAGGAAGCAACUGGCUACUACGGCAACAAGAAAAAUUGCUCCGACGAUUGAAGGAGUGAAAAAGUCUCACCAUUUUCGACUAGGAUUUGUGGCUUUAAGAGAAAUUGGGAAGAAGAUAGUUGUUAAUGUUUAACUGUUUUUUCUUUAGAUAUGUUGCUCGAAUGCUACAGUUAGUUCUAUAAAUCUAAUUUCAAUUCAGUUGAAGUAUAUGGAAUCGUUAGUUUACAAUCAUUUUUGAAUCUAGGUAAUGCAAUUUGUGCUUUGUUUACUUAAAAAAAAUCACUUUUAAAAAAAAAUCACUUUUAAAUUAAACAUAGUCUAACUGGAAAAGAAAUUAAGCACAUAAUUGAUUGGUGCAAUAGAAAUUUGACACUUUAUAUGUUAUCUCUAAAAUAGUAAUUAGAACAAAUUAAAUUGAGAAAAUGAUUGGUUGGUGCAAUGAAAUUUGAGAAAGUUGUGUUGCCGAGUUUAUUCCUUUCUCCAUUGUAUAUUGAAGUCGGAGAAAAAUAUACUUCUCUGGAGGAGUCGAUUGCAGAAAAUAGGUUAGUAUUUGUAUGGGCAAUGGGGGUAUUGGAUGGGUUAAAUGGGUCAUUGGGCGGGUAUUUUCAUUUUAGGUUAAUUAAUUGGUCAAAUCAGAGUCGUAGGACUGCGACACGUGUCACUAACUAUUCCUCUAACAGUAAAUAUAUUCUGAUUGUUGGACGAUAAGAAUAUUGAUGUACUAAAAAUAUAACGAAGAGUAUAUGCAUACCAUUUACAAUAGUACGUGGAUAUAUUUAUUCUUUUUCCCUAUUAUUAUUAACUAUUUUUACAUUAAUUAUGUUGGUAUUAAUUCUUAUGAAAUGCUUUAUUAAUUAUAUUAAAUAUAACAUAUAUUGCAUAAUAUUUUUUAAAAAGUGUUUAUUUAUAACAAAAAAUAUUCUUCAUAAAUACAAUGAAAAUGAUGCGGAACAGAUUUUGAAAGAUAAUUAUUCUUUAAUUAUGCUGACGUGGUCACUAAAACCUCUUACGCUGUGAAUUAUACAAUAAUUAAUAUUAGUUAUAUAUAACAUGAUAACAAAUCUAUAGAUCGUAUAUAACUAGUAAUUACUACAUUAAUUUUAAAAAGCAUAGCAACAAAGUAUUAUACUACUCCACCAAGAAUUAAUCCAGUCAAAAAUCCUCUUUACUCUUCAUUUUUUUUUUCUCAUUAUAAAUUAUAAAUAUAAAUUAGUUGUUCUUAAAACUGAACAGUGAAAAUUGAUAUGAAAGGUGGCAUCUUCUUUACUCUUCGUUUUUACCCACGUAUCAUGUAACUUCCAUUAUUUCAACACCUGUAUUCCACGUGUCAAUCUCUUACAAACUUCUCAACAGUGAAAAAGCUGAGAAUUUCCCUCUUCAUAUACUACUCCACCGUACAUUUUUCAAAACACACUUUAAGAAAAAAGAGAGGGAAAAAACAAUAGAAAAAUAUAAAAUUCGAAAAUGGCACCAAAGAAGCGUGGAGGAAGGGUCCGUGCUACGGUGGUCACCGCCCGAAAAGUGGUGGAAGAAACCGUCUCCGUCGUCGUAACUCCGGUUGCCGGUGAAACGGAGACCGAAAGUCAAACUUUGGCUGAAGAAAAUCAAUCAUUCGAAAUACUAACUCCAGCUCCUUCUGAAGAACCUACGCCUAAAAGAACCAUUAAUGUUCAAGACAUAUCCGAAGGAAAAAAGGCCCCACGACGAAAACCCGACCCGGCCCAACAAGUAGAUGAAGAUGAAACGCAACCAGCUGAUGAGCCAGAAGAGAUGCCAUCACCUCCGAAAAAGGAAUCGGGUCAAAAAAAGACCCAGAAGAGGAAACCCGAGCCUGCCCAACGAGGUGAUGAAGAUGAAACUCAACCAUCUGAGGAACCAGAGGAGAUGCCUACGCCUCCGAAAAUGGAAGCGGAUCAAAGGAAGGCCCAAAAGAGGAAACCCGACCCGGCCCAGAAAGCAAAAGGAGGUGGAGAGAGGAAAAAGAAGAGGGCGAAAGUGGGUGGGGGAGUGGGACCCAGUGAAGGGUAUAGAAGGUAUGUGUUUAGAGUGAUGAAGCAAGUUCAUCCAGAUAUGGGAAUUUCAUCAAAGGCUAUGACGGUAUUGAAUAAUUUGAUGGGUGAUAUGUUCGAGAGGAUCGCCAACGAAGCGGCGAUCCUCACGAAGUACGUGGGACGCACCACGUUGGCGUCAGUGGAUAUUCAAGAUGCGGUGAAAUUGGUGCUACCAGGGGAGCUUGGAAAGCAUGCAAUUGCUGAAGGGACAAACGCUGUAGCCAACUAUGUGACUAAUGUUGAAAAGUCGAAGUCGAAGCCCUAACUGUCAGUUAGUUUGGUAGCUUUGUGAAUAUUUAGAGGUUUAUGUUUAUUGCAUUUUGGUUUACUAUCCUUUUCUAGCCAGGUGUUUGAUUUUGGAAAAUCACUGCAAGCAAAUAUCGGGCUCUUUUUUGUAAUAGUUUCAGUAGUUCUAUGAGCCUAUUGUUUUUUAUUUUA